AUGGAGGAUUUGGCAGAAUAUCAUGGGUCAAUCAGUAAGAAGCAGGCAGAAGACAUCCUGUGCUCCACGGGCAGAGAUGGCAGCUAUCUGAUCAGAGACAGUCUGAGCUCCGCCGGCGCUUACUGCGUGUGUGUGCUGUGUGAUGGAUGGGUUUACACCUACAGAAUUUUCAAUAAGGGCGGCCUCUGGACAAUAGAGAUGGCUCCUGGAAUGAAGGAACGACUCUUUAGAAAUGUCAGUAACCUCAUUGCUGCCUUUAAGAUGCCAGACCAAGGCAUCACUUUUCCUCUUCUGUAUCCUGUGAACAAACCUAAACAUUAA